UAAAAAAGCGAGAAAAAUAUAAAAUAAGAAUAAAUAAAACAUUUAGAAAAAAGUAAGAAGCAAAAAGACAUACCCGACACUUUUACAGUGUUUGACGUUAAAUCAAAUAGAGAACAACGUGUCACUCGCCGACUCACUGAUUCGGACGUUAAAAUGCUCAAAACCGAAAGCAUUACUCUCUGGAUCUACUUUCCUCUUCUACUUUGGGCUUUCCCGGCGUCUGGUGGCGGUUCAGACGGCGGAGCUCCGUCGCGGGAGGUGUGGUGCGUGGCGAAGAACAACGCGGAGGACGCGGCUCUACAGUCGGCGGUGGAGUGGGCCUGCAGUGUGGGCGGAGCCGAUUGCGGAGCGAUCCAAGGAGGAGGAGCGUGCUUCGACCCUUCCAGUGUACAGAAUACGGCGUCGUACGCUUUCAACGACUAUUUCAGAAAGCACGAUAUCUCUGAUGAGAAUUGCAACUUCGGCAACAACGCCGCCAUCACCUCAUUGAACCCCAGUUACGGUAAUUGCAAGUUUCCUUCUAGGUAA